AAAUGAUAAUGCCAAAUGUAGGCGUCACUCAGUCAACAAAUUGCAAAAUGUGGAAGCUUUCUAAUAAAGCAAAAAAAAUAAAAUAAAAAGAUUCUCCCUUUUUUUUUCCGUCGUUUCCUGAGUUCAUUGCAGAUCGAUCAAAGGUUCUAGCUCACCUAGAACUUCAGUUCUAUUGAAAAACCAAAAAAAAAAAAAAAAAAAAAAAAAAUGGCAGCGACAGGCAAAGGCGCCGAAUUGAAGCCUGAAUACGACAGACUGAGCGCGCUAAAAGCUUUCGACGAAACAAAGGCCGGCGUCAAAGGGCUCGUCGAUGCCGGGAUCACAGAUAUUCCUCAUAUAUUCCGUAGAAAACAUUCUGGUAAAGAGAUCCCAGUUUCAGGAGAUUCCCAGGUAAGCAUUCCGGUCAUAGACCUCGGAGGACUAAUUAUCGGAGAUUCCGGUAAGCGAAAGGAGAUCGUUGAGAGUGUUCGAGAGGCGGCGGAGACCUGGGGGUUCUUCCAAAUAGUCAAUCAUGGGAUACCGGAGAGUCUUCUUGAGGAGAUGAAAGAUAGGGUUCGUCGUUUUCACGAGCAAGACACUGAGGUGAAGAAAAAGUACUAUACCAGAGAUCCAAUGAAGCCGCUGAUUUAUAACAGCAACUUCGAUCUUUACAGUGCUCCUACGACGAAUUGGAGGGAUUCGUUUUUGUGUCGUAUGGCUCCGAAAGUUCCCAACCCUGAAGAUUUGCCAGCAGUAUGCAGAGACGUACUUAUGGAGUACUCAAAGCAAGUAAUGAAAGUGGGGAUUUUACUGUUUGAGUUGCUAUCGGAGGCUUUGGGACUAAAACCAAACUACUUAAACGACAUGGAUUGUUCAGAGGGUGUAGCAAUUUUAGGCCAUUACUAUCCUGCAUGUCCACACCCAGAAUUAACUGUUGGCACGACUGAACACGCCGACAAUGACUUUCUUACUGUGCUACUACAAGACCACAUUGGUGGUCUGCAAAUUUUAUACGACAAUAAGUGGACUGACGUACCGCCUCAUCCCGGAGCAUUAGUUGUCAACCUUGGAGAUCUUAUGCAGCUUAUAUCAAAUGACAGAUUCAAAAGUGCUCAGCAUAGAGUAUUGGCGAGUCAUGUAGGUCCCAGAGUAUCGAUUGCAAGCUUUUUCUGCACUCAUUUGCUGCCAUCAACAAAACUCUACGGACCCAUCAAGGAAUUGUUAUCAGAAACCAAUCCUCCAAAAUACAGAGAAACUACUGUGAGGGAUUAUACUGCCUAUUAUAUUUCCAAGGGCCUUGAUGGGACUUCUGCGUUGGAUCAUUUCAAGCUUUGAAAUGUAAUUUGCAAGCCGUAUAGAGAGCGAAGACUUCAGUUUAAGAUAUGUGGUUACGAAUUCAGGACUGUUAUUGGUUAAUUAGUCUAUUAAUUAUUGUCCUUUUUUUAUUGAAAU